GGCACAGAGGAGCCCAGCCGCUCUCUGCAUGGACUUACACUGGAUUAAUCAACUCACCUCACUUUAUUUAUUUGCAUAUUUAUGGUUUUUCUACUAUCUUGAGCCCUGAAUGCGGACGCGGAGCAUUAUGCACUCCAGAGUGAAGUCGCGGAGCUGCGAUAAUUACCUGAGUAUAAAGGACUCGGAGUCGUUGGACCGCUGCAUUCGGAGCGUGUUAUCGGCUCUGUAUCCCCCGUUCAGCGCGUCGGCGGCCACCGUCCUGUGGCAGCUCUUCAGCGUCGUGGAGAGACAGUACCGUGGAGACGGCCUGCACUGCUUCAUUGACUUCCUGCUGCCCGCCAAGAGAAUCCUGCAGACAAUAACACAGGAGGCCUGUCUGCGAUUCAAAGGCCUGUUGCUGUACCACGAGGGAUGGCCGCUGUCUUUGCAUGAGAAGGUGGUUCUGCAACUCGCACCCCUGCAUAAAGUACGUCUACGGCAGGGAGAUUUCUACCUGCAGGUGGUUCCCUUAGGCCGCAAAGCUGCCAAACUGGUCAUAAAAUGCCUGUCAGGGAGCGGGCAAGCCAUUGUGGAGAUCCCUGUGGCCGAGAGCAUGUACGGCAGCGUGUUCACGCCCGACUUCUUGCAGAAUGUAAUGCGUGAACGCAACCUGCACCCUCUCCAGAACUGCCUCCUCAGUACCGGUGCCGUGGUUUACCGAACGCCCUGGAAGAACGUGGUCAAUCCUUUGUUUGUGACCAGCACCGCAGAUUCAAUCAUGCAGGCGCGGAGCAGCGGCGGGACCCUGCGGGGUCAACUCAGUACCUGUAGCACCCACGGAUCCACGGGAACGCUCAGUUCACGAGACUCCCUGGGCGCUGAGUCCACCGUGUCCGAGCCAGUCCUCAGCAGGAGCCUCACGGAUAUGGGCAUCAGCUCCCUGCACUCGGAGGAUUCGCCCUUGCAAAAGAGUCCUAACUCCCUUCCCCAGACACCCACCUUGGGCAGCCCGGAUCAGGGAUGCAUUCGAGGCAGAAUCGGCCACAAAAUCCUCUCGUUUAGCACAGACCUUAGCAAUCCCGGCCUUCACAAGCGGCAUCCCAGAGACUCUGCUGCCUUCGAGUCUCGCCGGCUUUUCCGCAAGUCCUACAUGGAGGCUUUGCAGAACCCUAUGAACCUUGGCUCCAGCUCUGAAUCAGUUCUUGAGGAAGGGACAGAGUCGGAGCCAGGAGCGCCUCGCGGCUCUGGCCCAAAGGAGCCGAUCCCUCGGAGAAUCUGUGUUCGUGGAUGGCUGGGAGGAGAUGAAUCAUGCAACGAUUCUACCGCCGUCCAUCCAUCCAAGAGCGCCGAGCUCAGUCCGGGCGAGAGACGCUCCAAAUCUCUUGAACGUGCCAAAAAGGCCUUGCAGGUUAAAGGCCACCGGGCUCGGUCGUCUUCCGGUGGAUCCGGUAGUGGCCUUCCCAAGAAACUUAUGAAUGGUUAUGCAUUUCGUUUUGGAAAAUUGGACUUGGAGGCGGCCUUUCCUGGCAUCGAGAAACGGAGCAACAAAGAGAACUCAGGUCUCUGUGAUGACCGUCUGCACUCGAGCCCCAGGAGGAACAGGAACAGCGGCGAUGAGUUUGUUUCCAGCAGAUCGGCCGUGUCUCCAGCGCUGCCCUCGCUCAUCACACACCUCAACCAGGAGCUCCUGACCUCCGGUGCUCUGACGCUUCCCGGUAACCAGGACCGCGGCGGCAGAGCUGUGCUGCAGGUGUGCAGCAGGAGCCAGGUGUGGACAGACGCAGCUUUCACCACAAACCAGAUCAGCGAGCUGCUGUGCUACUUCUGUGGCAGACUGCGGAGGGAGAAGAGAGGCCUGGGUUUGACAGUUCUCAUCGACGCUCGCAGGCAGCCGGUCACGUCUGCGCUCUUCACAGCUAUGUCUGAGCUUCAGACUCUCGUACCCAAUGCACUUUACUCGGUUUUGAUUCUGGUGGACAGAGACGCAGCAGUGAAAGUGGAGCGAGACGUCUCAGUUCCUUGUGAAGUCCUGACGUCUCUGAAAGCUCUGCAGAAGCACAUCGACUCGUCGCAGCUCACCAGAGACUUUGACGGCAGCUUCCCAUACGAGCACAGCCACUACAUUCACUUCAGACAGAAAAUCGAAGCGUUUGCCGCGAGCUGCAGCGCUGCCAUCGCUUCCCUCCAGAGCUCCAUCGAGACGCUGAACAACAUCGGCAGCCUGGAGACGUCUGAGGAGGUGUCAGAGGUCAUCAGCCAGCAGAAGAGUCUCAUGAAGAGCGUUCUGGACGACACCAAACUCAACCGCCUGCGUCUGGAGGGCGGCACCUUUCUGGCCCGCAUCCGGAAAGAGGAGAUGUGUGAAAACGAGAACUACAGGGACGCUGUGGAUCUGGUCGGUGCGCUGUAUAACCAGCUGGAUGAAGAGGUUCAUAAACUAGUCAUUCUGUCAAAUAAAUCCCUGCAGCAGCUGGAGAAACUCCUGGAGCUGUGUGUCUUACAGGAGAGACACCAGGAGGUUAAGAGGUGGUUUUAUGUGGAGAGUGAGAAGCAUUUGGCUCCUCUGGACUCCUACAGUCUCUCUCUGAGCUGCAUUCAGGACAUGAGACAGAGUCUGGCCCAGUUCAUGGAGGAGUCCACCGAACAGCAGAAGAAAGCCGCAGCGUUACCGAGGGAGGCUGAAGCAGGUCCAGCUCUUUUGGAGGUCAAAGAGCACAUCAGCUCCGUCCUGCAGCGCAGCGAAACUCGCAAACACGAGCUGGAUGUUCUGCUCAACCUCUACGAGUUCUACGAAUCGGCGAAGCAGUGGAUGGAGCACUGUCAGGAGUAUUUCUGUCAGCUGAGGCUGGAUGGAGACGCGCUCUGUUUGACGCCGGCUGAGCUGCAGGUCCUGCAGGACUAUCACAGCGAGGCCACAAAGUUCUCUCUGGAGAACUUCAGCUCACUCAACCAGAUGGUGCUGAAGCUGGACAGCGAGCGGGAGCAGCAGCGCUGGAGCAGUGUCUGGCAGCAGUGCCAACAAACCAGACAGCAGCUGGAGGAGAUGCUGGACAGAGCCGUGAAAGCUUCAGUCAACAGUAUCUGGACCAAAGAGCACAGAGAGGUUAACAAUGGCCUUAGCGGCCGUAGCAGGACCGGCAGACAGUUCAGAAACGGCAUCUUUGGCCGUAACAGGGAGAAACUGGAACGGACUCAGGGACAGGAAAGGUCUCUGGGACUGGAGCUGGACACUGGAUGGUGCUCUGGAGGAGCAGACACUGGAACUGAUGAAGGAGGGCUGGGCGGACUUUUCAGGGACUCUGGACUAGGAGCAAACUCUGGAACGAAUUCAUGGACUAGAGCUGGAUCCCGGCUGAGCUCUGGGGUCCUUUUGCCGAAGGUGAAGAAGCUGAUCGACUGGGUCCACGAUUGGCCUGGAGCACUCAAAAAGCCACUGGAUCCGGGUAUGGCUGAUGAUUCUGUAACAUGGAGGCGUGACAACAGAGUAGUUGAUCCAAAUGCAAGGCUUUAUUAUGAAGAGCGUAGUCAGAACAGGCAGGGUCAAAACACCAGUAAACAUAAAAUCCAGCACAUCAUGGACGAGAUGAUCUCCACCGAGAGAGAGUACGUCAGAUCCCUCAGCUACAUCAUCCAGCACUACUUCCCUGAGAUGGAGCGACUGGACCUUCCUCAGGACCUCCGAGGGAAGCGCAGCAUCAUUUUUGGGAAUCUGGAGAAACUGUGCGACUUUCAUAGCCAGUAUUUCCUGACGGAUCUGGAGAGCUGCGCUCAUUCACCGCUGUCCAUCAGCAUCUGCUUCCUCAAACACGAGGAACAGUUCGGGAUGUACGCCCUGUACAGCAAAAACAAGCCGCGCUCAGACGCUCUACUGACGAGCCACGGAAACAGUUUUUUCAAGAACAAGCAGCUGGAGCUGGGCGAUAAGAUGGACCUGGCGUCAUACCUGCUGAAGCCCAUCCAGAGGAUGAGUAAAUACGCUCUGCUCCUGAAGGAUCUGAUCAAGGAGUGCGGUCAGUCUCAGGAGCAGGAGCUGGCUGACCUCAGAACAGCGCAGGAGAUGGUCCGGUUCCAGCUGCGCCACGGGAACGACCUGCUGGCCAUGGACGCCAUCCGCGGCUGUGACGUACGUUUGAUUUAG